AUGGAAGAAUCUGAAAGUGAUGAGGAAGAAGAGGACGGUGAGGAGGAAGAGGAGGAUUCGGAAUCAAAAGCAGAGUCAGAUUUAGAAAAUCCUAACAACACCACUCUUUACAUGCUGAAUGACAGCCAGUACAAAACUCCCUCGGACAGUGGUUUGCUAGAGGCUGGAAUGGCCAGUAUGUCCUACCAUACUGCAGAAGGCAUGGCAGAGAUGUCUGUAGACAACAAUAAGACAGAUGCUCCUUUGCUGUCUCUCAGUGGACACAUUAAUAGCCUGUGUCGAUCCUUUAAGGAAGUCCUUACUCCAUCCAAGUCAAAGAAUGUUCCUCAGCUGACUCCGGAAGAGAAAGUUUUGCUCCAGUGUGAGCAAGACAAUGUGAUAUCAUUUAGUAAAUGUAUUCCAUCAAGUAUGAUGAACAAGUGUACGAAGAUUGGAGAGGGAGUUUAUGGAGAAGUUUUCAGAACUGUGGUUAAUAAGAAAUCUGUGGCAUUAAAGAUCAUUCCUAUUGAGGGUGAUUUCCCUGUGAAUGAUGAACCACAGAAGACCUAUGAAGAAAUUUUACCAGAAAUCAUGAUCUCAAGAGAGCUGAGUGCAAUGAAGGAUAGCCAAAAAAGUUGUACUGAAAACUAUGUGGAGGUUAGAAGGGUGUCCCUUGUGAAAGGCCAGUAUCCUGCUGCUCUGCUUAAACAAUGGGAUAUCUAUGACAAAGCAAAACGCUCUGAGAAUGACAGGCCAGACAUAUUUGGCAAUAAUCAGUUAUUCAUUGUGUUUGAAUUUGCGGAUGGAGGCUGUGCACUAGAGGGUUUCAAGUUUGAGAGCAUCUUGGAAGCCAAGAGUGUCCUGCACCAGGUUGUGUGUGCCUUGGCUGUGGCAGAGGCUGAGCUGGAGUUUGAACACAGGGAUCUACACUGGGGGAAUGUGCUGGUGAAAAGGACUAACCAGGAGACUCUACAGUAUAAGCUGAAUGGUGAACUUUGUGAGAUCAAGGUGCAUGGUGUUACUGUCAGCAUUAUAGAUUUUACACUUUCCAGACUUAAGAAAGAUGGCUGCACCAUUUUCACAGACUUGUCUGUUGAUAAGACAUUGUUUGAAGGGGAGGGAGAUUACCAGUUUGAAGUCUACAGGUUGAUGAAGCAGGAAAACCAAGACAAUUGGGAGCAGCACCAUCCAUUCACCAAUGUCCUUUGGAUCAACUACUUGACUGAUAAACUGAUACAUGAAACUAGAUACCCUGGCAAUGAUGCUCAGCACAGGGCUUUGCUCAGAGACAUGAAGGCCUUUUACAAGGACAUUCUAACAUACAGGAGCGCUGUACACAUGCUGACAGAUUGCCAGUAUUUGAAGUGUUGAUAUGUGCAGAGGGCAGCACUUCAAAGAUUUUGCUUUCUCAAAAGAUGUUUAAUAAAACGUUGACAGUGGAAGAAGUAAUUAGGCUUAAUAAUGCAUUUUAUUCAUGAACAGUUCAUACCGAUGUUGUAUGAAAUGUUAUCAUCGAUAGAUCAGUGGUUAUCAUAUUUUUUAUUUACGUGUUUAUUUAUUGACCUUCGAUGUUUUCAGCAAAAACUGAAAUAGAGUUAUUUGAAAUAAUCAUUUUAACCUUAAAGAAAACUGAAUCAUUGUCAUGUUUAAAAUACUUGUGGAAUAUAUGUAUUAAUGAUAAUAACACUUACAAUUUAAAUUUAGAUAAUAAAAGGAAAGAAAAAG